AUGGGUCUUUUAACCGUCAUACGAAAAAUGCGCGCAAAAGAGCGCGAGAUCCGCAUUUUAAUACUUGGGCUCGAUAAUGCCGGCAAGACGACUGUUACCAAGAAGUUUCUGGGCGAAGAUACGAGUAAAGUGGAACCUACAUUUGGUUUUAACAUCGAGACAGUUGAAUUUCAAAACUUCAACCUAAAUCUUUGGGAUGUUGGUGGUCAAAGAAGUCUGCGCUCCUACUGGAAAAACUAUUUUGAGCAAACCGAAGCUCUAGUUUGGGUUGUGGAUUCAACGGAUCGAGAACGAUUACAAAUGUGUGCAGAGGAGUUAGGCAAAUUACUGCAAGAAGAAAGACUGCUUGGUGCCACACUUUUGGUGUUUGCUAACAAACAGGAUAUUCGCUCAGCGGUCAAAUGCGAAGAUAUAGCAAAAAUUUUGAACUUGGACGCUAUCAAGUCGCACCAUUGGAAAAUUUACCCGUGCUCGGCAAUAACUGGAGAAAAUUUACUAGAAGCGAUGACAUGGCUCUGCGAAGAUGAAAUGCCGCCCGUAACUGCGCCACCACCGCCUGUUGUCUCCCGGAGAGAGGAAGACUCGAUGAACACAGAAGCGAGUAUGAGUGGAAAGGCAAUCAUUGGCCUCAUCUAUCCACCUCCUGAUAUAAGAACUAUUGUUGAUAAAACCGCGAACUUCGUGGCUAGAAAUGGUGUCGACUUUGAGAACAAAAUUCGUGAAAAAGAAGCCGCCAAUCUAAAAUUCACGUUCUUGUCUCCUACUGAUCCAUACAACGCUUACUACAAACAUAAGGUGAAAGAACUGCAAGAAGGAAAAACUGAAGCACCAAGGGUACAAGUCCCUGAUGCAGUGAAAGAACACGUAAAGAAAGUGGCAGAAACAAUCACUCGUCCUCCUACUAAAUACGAAUUUUCCGAUGAGCCAACUACGAUCAACGCAUUUGAUUUGGACUUGAUCAAACUCACGGCACUUUUCGUUGCUCGAAAUGGACGCCAAUUUAUGACAAAUUUGAUGAAUCGCGAGAUGCGAAAUUAUCAAUUUGACUUCUUGAAGCCACAACACAGCAACUUUCAAUAUUUUUCUCAGCUUGUUGAACAAUAUACAAAGGUUCUAAUCCCAUCGAAAACGAUUGUGGACGAGCUGCGUUCUGAGAGAGAAAAUAAGAAAAAGCUGCUUGACGAAGUUGAACGUCGUGUGAGAUGGGAGAAAUAUCAGAAAAGCUUGAAAGAUAAAGCGGAUGCUGAGGCUGAAAAGGAGCGAGUUGCUUAUGCACAAAUCGAUUGGCAUGAUUUUGUUCUUGUACAAACGGUCGACUUUUCUGCACAAGAUCUUGGAAAUCUGCCCGGGCUUUGCACGUCUGCGGAUGUUGGAGCCCGAGUUUUACUCGAGGCAAGAAAAGAACAAGAAAAGGCUAAUCAAGACGCUGCUAUGGACAUGGAGGAAAGUGAUAGUGAAGAUGAACAAGAAAUUGCACACGAGAUUGCACCAACACUUUCUUCGGCACCAGCCAUUAAUUUGCCACGCUCAACCGGACUUGGGGAUGAUCUACCUGCGGAUAUGCUUAAUCAGCCAAUACCAAACGCUCCAACCAAACAAGGAAAUAUUCUCAUUCGAGAAGAUUAUGACCCGAAGAGAGAUAUUACUCGACGCCCCACGGUCGAAGAAUGGAUAAUCUCUCCGCUCACUGGAGAAAAGAUGCCCAAAAAUAAGAUUACCGAGCACGUCAGAUAUAACACAGUUGACUCUCAAUACAAGGAAGAACGCGACGCACGUAUUGCUCAGACCUCUGCCGAAGAAGGCGUGUUUGCUCCUGGAAUGGAUAUCUCGAAAAAUCUUAACAAAUUUGCUGACCGUCGUACUGAUAUUUUCGGAGUUGGAGAAGAAGGUGCUAAACAAACAAUCAUCGGAAAGAAACUUGGGGAAGCUGAUGCUCCUAACAAACCAACAAAGGAUGGAAUUUGGGAUGGUACUGCAGAAACAAUGGAAAGUGCAACGCGUGAAGCACAAAAGAAGGUGACUCUCGAGCAACAGCUUAAAGAUCUUCAUCGUCAACACGGUUAUGUACCCGAUCCAGAAAAGGAACGCAUUGGAGCUCAACCGGCAUCUGCUGCUUCAGAAAUUCCACCGCCACCUCAAGCACAUGCACCGAUUGUUCGUCCACCAAUGCCACCACCUGCUUCAAUUCCGGCUCCUCCAUCUGCAAUUCCGAUUCCAGCUCGAUCUCUUCCACCGGCUCCUCAUUUGAUGCCUGGCCUCCCUCCAAUUCUAAUGCGCGGACCUAUGGUUCCAACGAUUGCUGUCCCAGGGAUGCCAAUCGUACCCAUGGCAGUUCCAAUCAUUUCGGCUCCAGCCCCAAUGCCAAUGCUUGCAAGUAUUCCUCCAAGACCACAAAUGGAUUUUGCCGCUCAACCACCAGCUAAAAAACAAAAGACUGAAGACGACUUGGAGCCAGAGCAUGCUUGGCUCGCAAAGGUCCCUCCAACAAUCGAAGUGCGUAUUCUUCUCCCACAAGAUCCUCAAUGGCAACUAGAUGGGAGCGUGGUCUCAUUCAACGUCGAGUCAGCAGCCAUGGUCUCAACUCUCAAACAGAAAGUUUUUGAUCGAUACCAAAUGCCUGUUAACAAACAGAAGCUCAAUUUCGAAAGCUUUGUGUUGAAAGAUACGAACUCUUUUGCUUACUACAAUAUCAGUCAACAUGCUUUCCUUUCUCUUGGAACUAAGGAACGUGGAGGAAAGAAAAAG